AUGCCCUUCAAUCUGGAAGACGCGAUAUCAAAAUAUCGACAGUUUUCACCCGACCCGUCCUAUGUCUUUUAUGGCCUGGUUAUCUUUGUAUUCUACUACUGGUGGAGAUCUACAUCACUGAAGAAUCCAUCCCGACUACCAGUCAUUGGCAGAAGAUGGUACGAGCUGGGCAAUGGCAAAGCUAAGCAACGGUUCCUGGAUGACUGCCUUGGCCUGGUCAGGUCCUGUCUGGAGAAGCACGGAGAUGCUUUCUAUCUCUAUACGGACUCUGCGUAUCGCUUGAUCCUGUCUCGUAAAUAUGUCGAUAUGAUCCGCAAUGAGAAGCGCCUGAACUUCAUCAAGGCGCACGCAGUUAAGAUGGACAAUGGCGUACCCGGCUUUGAGCCACUGGCAUCAAUGACAAGCGAUAAAAGGAUUGUACAUGCUGUGGCGAAGCAUUCGCUUAAUCGCCAUUUAGGGACCUUUAUUCAGCCACUCAAUGAAGAGUCUGACUAUGCCCUUCGUCAAGUUUUGACUGAUAACCCUGAUUACCACGAGGUCAUGCUGAAAGACUGUGUCUGGAGAAUAAUCGCACAGAUAAUGUCCAGGGUAUUCAUCAACGACAAGGACUACUACCGGAAUCCAGAUUGGGUCCACGCGAGCUCUGAAUAUGUCGAGCUGGCAGCCGUGGCAGGAUUUGAGCUUCGACGAUUCCCAAAAUGGGCAAAGCCGUUGGUCGCGCACUUCUUCCCUAAUUGCCGGAAGCUCAGAUCUAUUCUCCAUCAUGUCAACACUCUUCUGAAACCGCUGAAAGAAAAGCUCGAUCAGCAGAGCUUGGACGAUGAUCCCAAGAGCCCGUUAGACUUUUUACAUCAAAAGGUCCACGACCAAUCGGAAGAGCUUGGGUCCAUGUUAAUCGCCCUCUGCCUGGUGUCGUACGAUGGAGGGAGCGAAUUGUUCACUCAUGUUCUUCACUCAGUUUGGGGGAACGAUCAACUCGUAAAGGACCUCCGUUCGGAGAUUGUCAAUGUGGUUGGAAAAGAGGGAGGGUUCAACAAGAAUGCCCUUCAAAAUCUCGUGCUCAUGGACAGUGUCCUGAAGGAAGCACAGCGUCUGCAUCCCGAGUCCGUUCUCAUGCUGCAGCGAAUCGCUGUAGAGGAAGUCGUGUUACCAGAUGGACUCAUCAUCCCGAAGGGAACCCCCAUGAUGGUCUCCGGCGCCCACAUGCUCGACGCCUCCAUCUGGCCUGACGGCGACAAGUUCGACGGUUACCGGUUUUACAAUCUACGCAAGAAGGCAGAUCCCUCCGUGAGUCUGGCAUCAUACAACUUCACAUCAACAUCCCCCGACCAGUUCAGCUUUGGCCAUGGAUCCCAGGCGUGUCCGGGGAGGUUCUUUGCGUCGUAUAUGCAGAAGAUACUCCUCUGCCAUGUGAUCAUGAAAUACGACGCUUCGGUUACCAUUCCGGAGGAGGGCGCUUGCUUUCAGCGCGGACUGGCUCAUGUUGCCCAUCCGGGCUUGAAGGCGCGUGUUAGGCGGAGGCAGGAGGAGAUUCAACUAUGA